UAGGAGAAGGAGGGUGCCUGGUGCGGGGGUGAGAUAGUGGAGGACCAGUGUUUGGGGAGAUAUCCCCAAAGGUUAGGAGAAGAAGGAGGGUGAGGAAAGUAAGAUGGGAGCGGGAUGUACACGAGCGCACAUGCCUUCCAGUCCUGGUGUUUGGGUCAGCAGGAGAGUGAAGUAUCAGCAGGAGGUGAUGAGAGCAGUAGUAGGGAGAUGGUAGAUGUGAGGGUGAGAUGUACAAGUUUUGGGGUGGAAAUAUAGAUAAAAGACGUCACAGUGACUGUGAAAGAGGACGGACGGGACCAUGGAGGAAGAGGACGGACGGGAC